UGCAAGGAUUAGCGCGUACCGGCUCCCGGAAGGUCACCGUGUGAAGGAGGCAGUGGUAACGCGGGUCUCCCCGCUGUUACUGGGGAGCAACGGCCCAGCAGAAGAACCCAGCCUCAGGUGGCGGGGAAGAGCAGACGGGCGGUUUGCUGCAACAUCAUGGAGAGCGGCGGGGGAAGCGGGAACAAAACUACAGGGGGGUUGGCCGGCUUUUUCGGAGCCGGUGGGGCAGGUUACUCGCACGCGGAUCUGGCCGGCGUCCCGCUGACUGGUAUGAACCCUCUGUCUCCUUAUUUAAAUGUGGAUCCACGUUAUCUCGUGCAGGAUACAGAUGAGUUUAUUUUACCGACUGGAGCUAAUAAAACCCGGGGUAGAUUUGAACUGGCAUUCUUUACCAUUGGAGGAUGUUGCAUGACAGGGGCUGCAUUUGGAGCAAUGAACGGUCUACGGCUAGGAUUGAAGGAAACCCAGAAUAUGCCCUGGUCCAAACCAAGAAACGUACAGAUUUUGAACAUGGUGACUAGGCAAGGGGCACUUUGGGCUAAUACUCUAGGUUCUCUGGCUUUGCUCUAUAGUGCAUUUGGUGUCAUCAUUGAGAAAACACGAGGUGCAGAAGAUGACCUUAACACAGUAGCAGCUGGAACCAUGACAGGCAUGUUGUAUAAAUGUACAGGUGGUUUUCGAGGGGCAGCACGAGGUGGGCUAGCAGGACUGACGCUUACCAGCCUCUACGCACUAUAUAAUAACUGGGAGCACAUGAAAGGCUCCUUGCUCCAACAGUCACUCUGAAGAUUUGCCAAGUUGUGAAUGGAGGACACUUUAGUAGCAAUCCAGAUCAAUUUAUAGGUCAGUCUGGAGUUACUCUUUCUUCCUACAAUUAGUUUGAAAAAUUGGAGACACCAGUUUGCUGUGGCGAAGAUCAUGGUUGGUUGACCGGGACUGGCACUCUUUCCAGCCCAAGCUGAAGCCAAAACCAUCUGGUGGCUGAGUAAUGUGGUUCUCCCUUUCCCUGGAACUGGAAAACUACUUACUCACAGAAUUCACGUCGUGAUGGUUGUCGAUAGUAUAUCACCGCAUUUGUUUAUUUAAUGAUCUGAAACUGUAAUGUUCCCUUGUAUUCCCAAUAAAAGGUGAAAACAGAACUAAA